UAGCGGUCACGCUGAAUCUGCCCAAUCGCAGGAAAAAAGGGCAGCCCACAGUUUCCAUCUGAUGAGCAGUAGAUCCAGAGUCAUUGCGCCAACCGGAUAUUGUAGAUACAAGCCCUCUCCUUUUCUCAGCCUCCGAUACUCUACUUACACAACUAGACGUCUACACGGAAGAGAAGUUUGAAGACGAGCAGGAUAUGCGUGAGCGCGCGCGCGACCUGAUGAGUCGAUCGCAAGAAAGGGGGUCAUCGGAGUCGACGUUGGAGAACCUUCGGACUCCGCGUCGAGUUCUAUCGCUGAUCGAGAGCUCGAUUCUCUUAGGACUCAGUAUGAGGGACUGAGCAAUGAGCGUACGGAGCUGAGGAACAAGCUAAAAUAGGUAAACCGCAGAGAUGAACACGCUGAACGCUGAAGAGUCUACCGCUGAAUCCGCAAGUUCUCAACACCAAUUCCAGCAGUGAGAGCGGGCGUGUCCCGAUCCCCUGUCAUGGCCGUGGGCUUCGCACGGGCGACAUGGGGGAGCUAGUGGCCUUGCUCGAGCCGCUGUUCAUCGAUGUGGUCGAGAGCGUGCGGAGGCUUGGUGUGUUUUCUAGACGGGUGGGUAUUCGUGCGGAGCACCCGGCUGCUUUUGCGCCUCGGAACAAGCCAUGACGGGCUAUUUUGAUGUCGAGUCCGAUGAGCAUCGACCGAAGAUCCUCUUAGACGCGGCUGUGUUACACGGGCCUAGCAUCAUCUCCUGGUGGCUCCAACCGACUCUUCCGUCCCCAGAACCGGGCAUUCUGGGUGGUUAUCACUGGUUCUCGGUCGAAGAUUCCGACUCAGACUGGCCUCUGGUCAUCGUGCAGCUCACGUCCGCACUCACAAUGUCUGGCUUGCCGUCAUGGUGUUCUCCUGCCUAUCCCUUCUGGGCGGGGCGACUAACGCAGCUCUCGAUGAGGCGGACAUGCCUGAGGAAGCGUCCCGAGUGGACAAAUGACCGUCAGCACCGUCCUAUCGCGCCACCACAGACGGCGUCUAUGGUCGUGAUAUGAGAUUUUCUCGGAUGUAGAUACAGACUUCACGAUUGAAAGCUGAGCAGGACACACCAUCCUCGAGCGCUGGGUCUGAUGCAAAAGUGUGCGGGCAGGCAAAACCGGAAUGCGAGAGAAGCUGACAAUCGCUGUGAGAUCUGGAGAUUCGUGUUCGAGUCUCGGCCCGUUAUUACCUACCUAGGAGCCUCAAGUGGUCGGCCGGGCGAACACAUCUGAAAACAUGCAACAAUGUUGAGCCCAACUCGAAAACCACACCACUCAACUCAGGAUUAUCUUGCCCAAGCCGUUCCGGCAGUUGCACAAGUCCUAGCUGUAAGCCUCGACAUCGAAACAUCCUGCUUUGUGUGCUUAAUGGCGAGCGUCCAGGCCGAUGCGUCAGACAAAGCCCAUGCUCGAGAAUAAGAUUACAAAUGUGGGUCCCAUGAUUGAGGUGUAGGAGUCCUAGGAGCUGAUCGGGCGAUUCGAUACCAUCAGUGAAACAUUGUCAAGUGUUAUCGACGUUGGUUGCUUUCGACGUUCUACUCUGGGCUAGUUGAGCGUCUAUACUUGGACUCCUGGUCUGCACUCGCUGGAACAACACUCCUGAACUGACGAGAUAGACUACGGGAUCUUUCCAUGCGCACCCGUGCAACUGUCCGUUUGUGGAAUGCUAUCAUCGAGCAAUAGCUACGAUCCGACCACCACAGGGUCUAUUACGACUUGCAAAUCAGGACACAGCUUUACACGCUUCCAGUCUUCACGCGCCAGUCUGCAGCAUCCGGAACUGCUCGGAUAGAAAGCUCUCGACGAUCGAACUGAGACAAGGGAACAGAUGUAUGCGCGUCUACUGAGACUCCCGUCUCUACCCCUCGCUCUUCCUACCAUUGCUGCGCACAAUCCAUCGUUCUCUUCACAAUGCCACCAUCCACCCCAAUCCGUCCGCGCUCUCUGCCUUCUGCGCAACUGCCUGAUCUGACGGGGACAACGGUCGAGAAUGGCAGGCUCCAGCUUCUCGCGCUCCUCGGCACCGGCGGCUUCGCCAAGGUUUACAAAGCUUUCGACACGCUCUCUUCAGACUAUCAUGCAGUCAAGUGUCUGGCCCGCCGCGAGCCGGGCUCGCGGGGCGACAUCAACCUUCGACACGAGAUCCGGAACCACACGCAAGUCUCACAUCUGCCCGGUGUCGUUACGCUCCACCGGUCAUUUUUCGAAGGCGCGUACAUCUUCAUUGUGCUUGAGCUAUGUAAUAUGGAUUUGCACCGGCUCGUCAUCGACCAACAGCGGUGCGCUGGGCGUCCGGACGUCGCGAAGCGGAUCUUCCUAGAGAUCGUGGAUGCGCUGGAUGCGUGCCAUGCGGCGGGCGUGUCUCACCGGGACCUGAAGCCGGGGAACAUCUUGUGCGAUGCGGAUGGGCGCAACAUUCGACUGGCCGACUUUGGCGUAGCAACCCGCGCAGCAGAGUCGACGCAAUUUGGCGUGGGCACACCUGUGUUUGCGAGUCCUGAGAGUCUGGACCGGGACCGAGAGAGUUACUCGACGCGCGGCGCCGAUAGCUGGGCUCUGGGUAUCAUCUUCAUCGCAUUGCUGACGAGCAGUCUGCCGUGGAGAGUCCCAGUCGACAGCGACCGUCGAUUUGCCGCGUACCGAUCGGACCCCGCCAAUCUCCUCCGCCGCAUGCUGGACCUCACUCCCGCAUUCAGUUGCCUGCUCAACCGCAUCUUCCAUCCCAACCAAAGACGCAGACCGGGCCUCCAGCAGUUGCGCACGGAUGUUCUGUCGAUGGAUCGGUUCCUCGUUGGGUCGUCAUCUAGACAACGCGUGUCCAAAUCGCACCCCCGUUCUCCACAUUCGUCACCUAGGAUUGGCGCGAUCGUAUUCAAGCCGAAUCCCAUGUACGCCGUGGCUGCUGUAGUCCCCCCGCCGGUGAACAGCGAGCAGCCUUCCCC